AUGAUUCCCCUAGAUGAUGGCUGGAGUACCAUGACCUCCAUCGACAAGACAUUGCACAAGAACUUGCGUCAGACCUUGCGAUCCGGUCUGGGAAACGACUAUCUCAAACGCUUCGAGCCCGCCAUUCUCCGCCAGCUUAAGAAAUAUUAUGCUGAACUCACCAAGGACAAGAAGCCUGAUGGCUGGAGCAAUGCAGUCAACAUGAGAAAAUGGAACCUAUACCUGGGAUUCGACACAAUGUCAGACUUUGGGUUCGGAAUCUCGACCAAUCUGCUCUUCGAUUCUGCCCGGGACUUUAUCUUUCCGACGCUUCACGUCCAUGAGAAGAAAAUGGGCCUGUACGAGCAGCUUCCGACACUCAACAAGCUGGGCAUCGGCAAAGUCAUCGCCAAGGUGCUCCUCAAGGUUUUUCCGCAAGCCAAGCGGUUUGCGGAAUGGUACGAAUCGUUCCUCAACAAGGCCGUCGCCGCCAACACGACCGAGAGCCGUGGCAUCUUUGGCCCUGUCAUCCAGAGCGGUCUGGGUCAGGCCAAGACCCCCGGGCACAACAAGGCGCAGAUGAUCGCGGAGGGCUCGUUUAGCGUCUUCUCCUCGGCCGACGCCUACAGCAUCACUCUAUCGGGCCUGUUCCACUACCUGAGCCACUACCCGGAGGCAUACGAGAGGCUGGCGGCGGAGCUGCGUGGCAUGUACAAGCCCGGCGAGGACAUUGUCUGGGACUCGCGCCUCGAGUCCAACGUCUACCUCCGCGCGGUGAUUAAUGAGGUGAUGCGUCUCCUGCCCCCGGCCUGCGGUGUGCACUGGAGGGAGUGCGAGAAGUCGGGCGUCUUUGUGGGCCCCAAUCGGGUCGCCGUCACGCCUGGAAGUGAUGUCGGGGUCAGCGUCUUUGCGCUGUGCAGGGACGGCAGGAUCUUCCGCGACCCUCUGCGAUUUUGGCCGGAGCGCUGGGUCCCAGGCACCCUGGUAGAGGAGGAGUUCGCAACGGCCCGCAAAAUGUUCGUCCCCUUCUUGAUUGGGCCGCGGAACUGCGCCGGCAGCCACGUCGCCGUUAUGAUUGCCAGCAUCACCUACGCCUACACCCUGGUCAACUACGACUUCCGCUUUGGGCCGGAGCAGCAAAAGAUCGGCGGUGGCGGCGGGGGGCCUGGGUAUCGAAGCCCUGUGGAGGAAGGUGAGGACAAGGAGCUCAAGUUUGAGAGCCACUACUCCAUCGCGGGCUGGGACAAUGGCCCAUUCAUUGAGCUCAAGGCUACGCAGUGA